AUGUUCACUGCGUCGUCUGCUUCUUCGUCCUGUGCCGCCGCCUCUGUCUCGUUGCAGUCGACCGCAGACGUUUAUGACUUGGCAAAAGCGUACGGCACUGAAGCUGCAGACACGUUGUCAUUGACGUUACAAUCGCUCGAGACGGUGGGGUUCCCCAAGGCUCACGUGAACGCCUACAGCGCCUUUGACCGCGUCAUGAGCGGCAUUGCGUGGCUACUGCAUCAAAUCGUGCGUCGAGAAGAUGCCGAAGCGGGACGGGUGCAAUGGGACGUUCUGUUCCAGCCGCACGACAAGAUGAAGCCUCGUCUCGGGCUCGCGCAGGAAAUCGUGCGCUGCGUAGAAGCUCUUGACUGCGCCUGUCCCGUUGUCAUUCAGCCGCAUCAGUUGCUGCUGCAGGACCACGGCGACAUUGACACAGUGCAGAAACUUGUCUUGUGGCUGAUCGACGAGGGGCAAUUUGCUUACCACCGUGACAAGAUACGGCGGGAGAAAGCGUAUCUAGAGGUGGUAGAUCUACAAACGAAAAAGAUACAUGCCGCGCGGGUAAACAACGACGUGGAACUGCUACUCGAUGCGUAUGCACCAACGAGACGAUGGCGAUAUGUCGAAGUCGAAGGAGAGAGUAGCGAGUCAGAAGAUGCACUGAUUCAGCGGUGCUUGCUGGAGUAUGGAGAGAAAGUUCUUGUUGCUGAUAGUGGCGACGAUGAAGUGGCAAUGGGUGCGAGAACGGACGAUGAGCAUCCGAUGGAUAUUGUGGCCCAGAUGGCGAGUCAAGCUGCAGCAGUCGCCCAGAGUAAAGCACUGAAGCCACAAGGAGAAACUGGCGAGAAGUUACGACGAAACGCAACUAGGAGCAAUCGACAGGCAGUAGAUUUCGGCCGUCAUUACCAGAAAGCGGUCAAGCAGGCGAGAGAAGAGCAAAAGGUGUUGCUGAGUCAACGACGUGAGCGUGAGGCAAAGUUGAUGGAACGAGUUGUGUCUGCGCGGAACGACGAGCAGAAAAACGAUCAACAGGGUCGAGUGGGAUUGAGAGAGCGCUCUCUUCUUUACUUGGCUGGAGAGAAGCUGAAGAAGCACGAGCAACAAGUGCAUCAAUUGAUUGAGGAAAAGAAAGAGUUGCGUCGAAAGCUAGAGGAGAGCAAUGCACAAGCAGCUGUGCUAGAUGAGGCGUUCUUUGCUCUCGAAUCGGAUAUGGAGGCAGUGGAAGCGCAAUGGCCUACGGACGCAACUACUGUGGCGUGUCUGGCAAAGCUACAGCAACUAGUGGAGAUGAGUGAGGAGUCCAAAAAGGAAAAGAUGGACUUUCGAGCGAAAUGUUGUCUUGCGAUGGAAGCGUUACAGGAACGGAUUGAGAAAUUAAGGCUACAGGUGUCAAAAGACGAAAACAAGCAGGAGGGUCGAGCACUGCGUCUUGACCAGAUCGAGCAAAUGCACGCUCAAAUGGCGCAACAGCAUAGGUGUUUGAAGUAUGCAGCAAGCAAACAAACCCGCGCUGUGCAUUGCAAGUUGAGGCAAAUAGAUGAGAUCCCUUCCCGCUUUGAGCUGGUGCAGUACGAAAAGCGAUUCGAGGAGCUUUACGACGAGGUGGCUUUGACGCUUGAUGAGACGCGCAAGUAUUACUGCGUGUUCAAUAUGCUCAAGACCAAACAUGACGUUUUGGAGAAGGAGAUUUCGCUCUUCAAUAGUAUCAACGAGAAUUUCGAAGUCGCGAUGGGUUCGAAGACCGCAACUCAAGCAUUUUUCCUGCAGGUCGAAAACAUCAUUGAAAACGUUCAGGGGUUAGUACUGAAGCAGCAUACCGCACGAGAUGACUUUCAAUCCAACGUGGACACGUUAGACAGCAAGUAUCAGUUGCUGCUCGAACAAGAGCGGAUGUACGCAAACGCGAUCUACCAGUUUCAAAAAGAGUGCGAAAGAAACGAAAAACUAUCACUUCAGCUUGGAAAGUGA